CCUAGACACUCCUCCUGCUCCAGAACAACACGUCCCCUCUGACACAAACAUGCGAAAAGACAAAAAAAAAAGCCAGUAACUCUUCUAAGCAGACCACAGAGGCACUAAGAGACGACUUUGUCUGGGCUUUGCAGCUCUUUUGAUUCUCUUAUCACUUCCACUGUGGCUGUCAUCUGAGUGAGGGAUUUGGGAAUAGAAGAAACUGUCCUAUUAAUAGCUGGCUGGUGGACUGAGCGAAUGGAUAGAGGAAUUGACAACUGAGGAAACUGACUCCAGUACAUUCUGCAAAAUCUUUUUGCAAUAAGGAGGACUUCUACUCGCUCCACAGCCUGCAGUGUGAUCUUGGUUUUGAGAUGUUCUAACUUGGCUGGCAUGUGAACAGUUCCCUUUGGCAAACCUCUCUCUCUGGUGUUUUCUUGCCUUUCCCCACAUGGUCCCCCCGCAUACAAGUUCUCCAGGCUAGCACUGAUCUUCGGUUAAAGGAGCUUAAUGUGGAUUGCCCGCGAUGGAAUGUAGUACGUGGGCUGUACAACUUCAGGAGACCUUCAAACUGAGGAGACCUUCACCGUUUUGGAGUGGUCUCUUCAUCUCGGACCUUGUUCUCCAGCAAAAGUGUCUCGGAUUCUUAGCUUGACUUUUUGUGGAUUGUCUCAUAGAACUCAAGAUGCGUCGUUUUGACAAGCUCAAAAAAUCAUUCCCGUUUCUUGCUCAUUUCCAUGUGUACAGAAAGCUGGGCAGCAGUAUGCAGUGUGAGGAGGGCACUGAGUGGCUGCUGGAGCUGCUGAUGGAAGUACAACUGCAGCAGUACUUCCUGCGCAUCCGUGAUGAGCUCAACGUUACACGUCUCUCACACUUUGACUAUGUGAAGAAUGAGGACCUGGAGAAGAUCGGUAUGGGCCGGCCCGGUGAGUCCAACCAAGGGCAAAGACGGCUGUGGGAGGUGGUGAAGAGGAGAAAAACCAUGUGCAAGCGCAAGUCUUGGAUGAGCAAGGUGUUCAGUGGCAAGAGACCAGAAGGAGACUUCAAUCCCCAACCAGCCAGUACUUUCCGAAAACCCUCCCCCACACCUCCACUGGUGGACGGCCAGCAGCAGACCCUCACCUGUCUCAUCAGCGAGAAAGACCUUGCCCUCUUUGAGAAACUGGGCGACGGCUCCUUCGGCGUGGUCAAGCGUGGAGAGUGGUUCACGCCAAAUGGAAAAGUGCUCAAUGUAGCAGUGAAGUGUCUGAAGACAGACGUGCUCAACCAGCCAGAUGCUCUGGACGACUUCAUCUGUGAGGUCAAUGCCAUGCACUCUCUCGACCACCAGAACCUCAUCCGUCUCUACGGAGUCGUCCUCACACACCCCAUGAAGAUGGUGACUGAGCUUGCACCUCUUGGCUCCAUGCUGGAUCGUUUGCGAAAGACCAUGGGCCAUUUCCUCAUUUCCACCUUGUGUCAGUACACCAUCCAGAUAUCCAAUGGCAUGGCUUACCUAGAGUCCAAACGCUUCAUCCACAGAGACCUGGCCGCCAGAAACAUCCUGCUGGCUUCCAGUGAGCAGAUCAAAAUCGGAGACUUUGGUCUGAUGAGGGCACUGCCUAAGAACGAUGACCAUUACGUCAUGCAAGAGCAUCGCAAAGUCCCUUUCGCCUGGUGUGCCCCAGAGAGCCUGAAGACACGCACAUUUUCUCAUGCCACAGACACAUGGAUGUUUGGUGUGACACUGUGGGAAAUGUUUACCUACGGUCAGGAGCCCUGGCUGGGCCUAAAUGGUAGUCAGAUCCUCCACAAAAUAGAUAAGGAGGGUGAAAGGCUACCUAAACCAGAGGACUGUCCUCAGGACAUCUAUAAUGUCAUGAUGCAGUGUUGGGCUCAAAAACCAGAUGACAGGCCCACCUUUGUGGCUCUAAGGGAAUUUCUAGUGGAAACCAUGCCUACAGAUAUGAGGGCCCUGCAGGACUUUGAUGAACCUGACAAGCUUCAAAUCCAGAUGAAUGAUGUCAUUACCAUCAUAGAGGGCAGGGCAGAGCACUACUGGUGGAGAGGUCAGAACAAGCGUACCCUGAAGGUUGGUCAGUUUCCCAGGAACACCGUCACGUCAGUUGCAGGUCUCUCUGCCCAUGACAUAAGCCGUCCACUGAAGAACAGCUUCAUUCACACAGGCCAUGGAGACACUAAUCCUCACCGCUGCUGGGGCUUUCCUGACAGGAUCGAUGAUCUUUAUCUCGGGAAUCCCAUGGAUCCUCCAGAUGUGCUAGGGCUGGAUUUCAACUCUGCCAGACCAACUCAACUCCCUGGACGUGCUAAGAAGGAGCCUCCCCCUCGGCCCCCUCAGCCAUCUUUGCUGGUUAAGAGUAAGUGUGGACCCUCAGUUCAGUUUAAGCACUGCUCAUGCCCCCUCUGUUCACUGCUAGCACCCCUCCUCAAAGAACCCUGCUAUGAUGCUGUUGCUGAGGAUGAGGACCAAACUUCAUCAGGUCUUCGGCGACUCUCUUUGAAGAAGAAGGGCCUUAAGCUCAAACCAGCCGCCUGGGUCUCUGCUACCAAAUUAGGUGAUCGUUCCACAUAUGGUGUGCGGACUCCAGGAGGCAGCACUCCCACAGAAGUCUCUCUCAUAGACUUUGGAGAAGAGUUUCCAUCGGCCACACCUUCACCCUCUCCUGUGAUGGAAAUCCAGAUCCCAACCCUUGCUAAACUGGCACUUGAAGCAGAGAACAUUUUGGACAAAACUCCUCCUCAGAGCCCCUCACGCUCUCUACCCCGACCCCUUCACCCUACCCCAGUGGUGGACUGGGACGCCCGGCCCCUUCCUCCACCCCCAGCCUAUGAUGAUGUAGCACAAGAUGAGGAUGACUUUGAAGUGAGCUCUAUCAACAGUGUGGAACGAGGAGCUGAUGAACCAUGCUCUCCAAGUAUACCCUGCACUCCUACAGGAGAGUGCAAACCUCAUGUAGAAGAUAAUUUAUUUUUGCCCAACAGGCAGAGUAAAGCCUGCACCUACUCACAGUCUGCUGAGAUCUUCCAAGAGCUGCAGCAGGAGUGUAUGAGGCACCUCAAUGUACCUGUGAGCUCUACCAGCCCUGGUCUGGAGCCACACCGCCAGAUUGUCCUAACAUUUUCUGAAGACAAACCCCAGAUACCACCACGCAUCCCCAUACCACCCCGUCCAGUCAAACGUGCAGGUGGCGAUUAUGCCCGCUGGUCUGGUGAGUUGUCCCCAGUCUCAGGAAUUGAGGAUAAGGAGCGUCCACCCCAGAUUCCCCCACGAGACCCCCUCUCUCAGCCAGGCUCACGCACACCAAGUCCACAUGUGGGCUCCCCUCAGACUCGCAGCAGCCUUUGCUCAGCCGCCUCCAUCUACGGCCCAUCCUACCUCUCCACCUCACCUGCUAAACUCAUGCCAACCACUCAGAGCUUUGCCUCCGAUCCCAAAUAUGCUGCUCCCAAAGUCAUCCAGGCACAGGGCAAAGAUAAGGAGCAAGCCAAAGGGCCCUGCAUUCUGCCUAUUGUACGUGACGGCAAGAAGGUCAGCAACACGCACUACUACCUCCUGCCUGAGAGGCCUCCGUAUCUGGACCGAUACGAUAAGUUCUUCAAAGAGGCAGAGAGCGGUGAGGAGAAGAAGCAGAUAAACACAGCGACAGUUAAGCCCAUGGUUCAUCAACAAGGGGAGCUCAAGUCCAAUUUCUCCUCCAAUAACAACAGCAGUCUGACGGGCUCUGGAUUUAGAGGUGGGCUGAAGAACUCUCUCGGCCUGUGCCGAGUAAGCUCUGAUGGCUCAUUUAACAGGGCUGACAGCACCAACAACCAUGACAGAGUCAGACUGGUGCAGGAGGCUGUACAUGGAGUAACAAUUGAAGAAUGUCAGGCGGCUUUACAGAAUCACAGCUGGAAUGUGCAGAAGGCUGUACACUACUUGAAGGUUGAGCAGCUCUUCUGUCUAGGGCUAAAGACGAGGGUAGAGUGUCAUAAGAUUCUAGAGAUGUAUGACUGGAAUCUGGAGUUAGCCAGUACACAACUGUUGGACUCCUAUGGCUCGGUCAAGCUGAGACGAUGAUGCAUUGGAAAAGCCUCAUGCUCUAAAAGACUGUUGAGAGCACAGAGGGGACACUGAGGGCCAACCAUCCUAUCCUAUCCUAGCACAUUUUACCUCCAGAUCUGACUUUGUGUGUGUGUGUUAUACAUGCAUGCAUAAGACAGUGACUGUGUUUCUCCAGAAGUCUCCCUCUAGGGUGCAAUACUGAAUUCGCAGGUUAAAUUUUAAAGAACCCGCUUUUUAUUUUCCAGUUGAUUGCAACAGAUGGAAAACAAGGUGCUGCUUGUCAUUUUUCAUAACAAUUUUAUACAAGAGGUGAAUAGACAGACUUAUGAAAGCCGUACGUAUGUAUAUAUUGUCAGAUGUUUUUGUUAUAUGUGUGCAUCUGAUUUGAGUUGUUCUUUGUCAGAUAUUUGUCAGUUUUACAUUUGCUUUAAUUUAAUCUGUUUUGUGUGGGUCACUUGCAACAGAGUAAGAGUUCUUGAAUCCUGACCUGUUUCAGUUGUUGUAUGUACAGUAUGUUGAAUUGAUGUAUUAUAUGUUGAAGCCCUUCAUGUUGAACUAUCAUCCUCUGUCCCUCCCCAUGCUGACAGACUUAAGACCCUCUCUGCCUUUUUUUAGUAUUAUUUUUUUGUACUUUCUCAUGAAUCACUAUGAAUCACUCAUUUUAAGCCAAUUGAUUUUGCUGGUGUCAGUGAAGUCACAAAACUCUUUUUGUUGAUUUGCACAAUGCUUCCAAUCCGAAAGUAAAAGACAAAAGGCUUGAAAAUGCAUCAGGAGACCUCCAAAGCACAAUUAAGUGACUGAAGCUUUUCUUAGUCAUAUUUUACAAAGCACAGCUGUUAACAUGUUGGUUUCAAUGUGGUUGACACAGCACUACACUCAAUUAGUUUCUCCUAUAAAGUUGUACGGUGAUGUUGUGGCAUUUUUGGCAUCAUAACACUCAGGUGCAAAAGCUCUUAUGUCCGCAGUAAGGUGUUUCAGACUGCUUGCUUGCAUAAAUAGAUGUGCUUGAACAGUGACCAACAAAUAGAAAAACAGCAAAUGAGUCCACAACAAUGUUAAAAGUUUAAGAGAGUCUUUUUUCCUGUACCACUGAAUGGCAUUCUAACUGUGUUGUGUGUUGACUGUAGCACCCUUACUUUGUGAAUGCUGAGUGUCGUAUGUGUGGGUACCGUGUAGAUGCUGCUUCUGUGUUCAUGAUGUAACACUGUCCACCGUCUUCUCCUGUGUCCCGACAAUCUAAGAACAGGACUUAUAGUAUUUGUUACCCUGGUAAAUUCUGUGUUGUGCAUGAUGGAACACCAUUCUGUACCCUGCUGCUGAUCAUCUGAAGAUUCAGUCAAGAGUGGAAGCUAGUCUUACAUUUAUGCUGUUGUAGUUUUAGGAAGACUGAAGUGAGUUGUCUGAUAACCCUGUGUUCCCAUUCACAUGUUCAUUAGUUCCAUUUUUCAGAAUAGCUUUACAAAUUAGAACCUUGGUAUCCUAAUUGUGUAAAAAGCAUAAUGAUGCACAUUUAUAGUAUAUAAUAUAAAUAUAUAAAUGUAUUUUUUAUUAAAAUGAUUAUUUUUUAUCUUUUUC